AUGCCGCUGCGAUUUGGACUGUUUGAUUGGACAGCAGCAGCAGCAGCAGCACCAGCAGCAGCAGCAGCAGCAGCAGCAGCAGAAGGAAAGAGGAAGACACCAAGCCUAACAGAGAAGACGCAGCAAGUGAUGCAGGCACUGACGCAGCUAAAAGGCCAGCAGCAGCUCUUGCUGCAGCAGCAGCAGCAACUGCAGCAGCAACAGCAAGAGCAGGAGCACCAGGACAGGGGUGGUCUUGACAUAAACCACACCAGCAGCAGCAGCAGCAGCAGCAACAGCAGCAGCAGCAGCAGCAGCAGGUGCCAAUGGGUAGUUGGUAUACAGGCAGCACUACGUCUUCCUCGAUCUGUCUCCGAUCUGCAGCAGCAGCAGCAGCAGCAGCAGCUGCAUGGCUGCUUAUGUGUCUCCUUAGAGACACUCUUUGGUGUCUCCGAAGUGCAGCAAAUACAACCACAAACAGCUAGGCAGAUACUAGGCCGGUUGGUGGGGAUGCCGUCUAUGUCGAGACAAGAUUUGCUGCAGUUGCUGCAGCAGCAGGUGUAUAAUUUUCCAUCAAUUUCUUCUAUUGAUUUAUUAAUGGCAGAUGCAUGGCUUAUUGCUGCUACUGCUAAGCGAAAUGUCGAGACAAAAGAGCUGAUGGAGAAAAUCCUCAUGUUGCAGCAGCAGCAGCAAGACGAUCAGCAACAGCAACAGCAACAGCAGCAGCACCUGCAGCAGCAGCAGCAACCGAAGCAGCAGCUGCAGCAGCUGCAGCAAAUUCUGCAGCGCGUCUCCCAGGCCCCUGUGCUGGCGAAUCUGCGAGAGGCAGCAGCAGCUGCUGCAGCAAAAAACCCUAAAGCAGGUAUGCAGCAGCAGCAGCAGCAACAACAGCAACAGCAACAGCAACAGCAACAGCAGCAGCAGCAGCAGCAGCAGCAGGUGGGGUAUGCGGUGUGA